UUUGGUCUGGUGCGAACGUGAGUUUGGUCUGAAAUUUCAUGUUGCUUUGCUUCCACUCUAAAAACUGAAGUUCCUUUCGAGUGUUUUUUUUUUGUUUUAGUUUUUCUCAUCAAUUUGCAAAAAGCGUCCGCGAGUCUCUAUCAGUGCACGAACAGACUUUGGCAUGCUUUUAUGCCUUGCAUGUGAAGAUAAACGACACGGAAUUAUUUAUUUGGAGUGUUUUGCUUCUUUAACACCGCUUUUGAAUUCUUCGUAUUGUAAUCAUAUUUUUGUAUUUAUUACUUUUUGUGUUCCAAACUACAAUGAAAGCGUUUAGCUUUUUACUGAAGUGGACGUUUAUCCUGCUGCUGAGUCUCUCCUUAUGUGUCGGUGAAGAAAGCCCAGCUUCAUCAGACAUUGUGAAUCCUUGUUGCUAUUACCCUUGUCAAAACCGAGGGAUUUGUGUUCGAUAUGGCCUGGACAGAUAUGAAUGUGACUGCACCAGAACAGGCUUCUAUGGGGAAAAUUGCACUAUACCUGAGUUCUGGACUCGAGUCUAUCGGCUCCUGAAGCCCAGUCCUAAUAUUGUCCACUAUAUCCUCACCCACUUUGACUGGCUAUGGGACAUCAUCAACAGGACGUUCCUCAGGGAUUGGCUCAUGCACAAAGUGCUCACAGUAAGAGCCAACUUGAUCCCAAGUCCCCCGACGUACAAUUCCAAAUAUGACUACUUGAACUGGGAAGCGUAUUCCAACAUCACCUACUACACAAGAAUUCUUCCCCCAGUCCCUCAGGACUGCCCCUUGCCAAUGGGAACCAAAGGAAAAAUUAAGCUUCCAGACCCCAAGCUUCUGGCAGAGAAGUUCCUGUUAAGGCAGAAUUUCAGACCGGACCCUCAGGGAACAAAUUUAAUGUUUGCAUUUUUCGCUCAGCACUUCACGCACCAGUUUUUUAAGACUCACAACCACAUUGGACUUGGGUUCACAAAAGGUCUGGCUCAUGGGGUGGAUGCUGGACACGUUUAUGGAGAUACUCUUGAUCGCCAGCUGGACCUCAGACUGCACAAAGACGGGAAGUUGAAGUACCAGGUGGUCAAUGGUGAGAUGUAUCCCCCCACAGUGCUAGAUGCACCGGUCAAAAUGAGCUACCCUCCAUCUGUCCCACCGGAGCAGCAGCUGGCCAUUGGGCAAGAAGUGUUUGGCCUGCUGCCGGGUCUCAGUAUGUACGCCACCUUGUGGCUGCGUGAGCACAACCGUGUGUGUGAUAUCUUGAAACAAGAACAUCCUACCUGGGGGGAUGAGCAGCUGUUUCAGACCACCAGGCUCAUUAUUAUAGGUACAGAUUUCCUCAAAUCCUGUGGCUUUUAUUUUGCUUGGGAACCUUUGGCCACAUAUUUAUGUAUUUAUGUUUUUACAGGAGAAGAAGAGAUGGCUAAAGAACUAGAGGAACUGUAUGGUGAUAUUGAUGCUAUGGAGUUCUACCCAGCUCUUUUGCUAGAGAAGACACGAUCUGGUGUGAUAUUUGGUGAAAGCAUGGUAGAAAUGGGGGCCCCAUUUUCCCUAAAAGGUCUCAUGGGAAAUCCUAUUUGCUCCCCUGAGUACUGGAAGCCCAGUACAUUUGGGGGGAAGACAGGUUUUGAUAUAGUAAACUCUGCUACUUUGAAGAAACUGGUUUGCCUCAAUACAAAAUGGUGUCCGUAUGUGUCUUUCCAUACUCCUCCACCAGAAUAUAAACACCAGAGGACAUCUCAUGGUGAACUUUAGCACAAUGUACUUCUGGAAUCUGUUUUAAAUCGCUGAUCAAAAAUUUGACUUCUAAUUACAGAUGCAAAUGAAAAUGAAUUAUCGUGUAAAUCAGAACUGAAUUAGUAAUGACAAUUGUUAUUUGUAAUUUUCAUAGUAUUCUAAUAUCAUUAGAUAUUAGCAAUAUCAUUAGCUUAACAAAGGAUAAGUAAGAGACUUUACUAAAAGGUUGGUGAUUUCUUGCUCCAUACUGAAGAAUUAAUAUUCAGAAGACAAUUCACUUUAGACAGUGAAUAUGGGCAUUUGUUGCCUUAUUUGUUACUUAGCCCACUUGAUCUAAGCCUUAAAAAUGGUGAAACCUUAAAUCAUCAGGUUGAUUCAGUCUUAUAGAAAUAUUUGUUUACUGGCACUCAUAUUGCCAAACAACCAUCCAUUUUUCAAACCGCGUGUCCUAUGUAGAGUCGUUGUAGUCUAUCCCAUUGAGUGGACAGAUGACCUGUCCAUCACAGGCCAAAUAAACAUUUAGCUUUAAAUGAAUUGUAUUUGCUGCCUCAUAGUCUGUUCUGUUAAGUAAAUUCCAA